AUGCCGUUUCACUUGGCGCUCGGCUUGUCGAAUUGCGAACAAGUUUACGAGCCCGGAGCCACGAUCGAAGGCUUCGUCACUUUUGAUCUACGCGAAAGCGUCAAGGUUUGUCCGUGUAAUGCGCCUUUAAAGUUACAGUAACCGACUAGACGUAUCGAUUUUCUCUUUUUCUAACCACUGUCCAAGUUUGGUGUCAAUCUGAUCAUGCUCCGAUGAGUUGGAGCACUUUAACUGUACCGAAAACUUUUUGGGAAUUGACUCUGCGCCUUUAAUCUACCGUACCCUUCGUGGCGAGACCCGUCAAACAUUCAAAGCGAUAUAACUCGCCGAAAAAUGAUCAGUUUGACACGAAACUUGGAGAGUGGAUAAAGAAUUCAAACAUUUUGAAGGUAAAAGCGAUUCGAAUCGCCGCCGAGGGUCUCGCCACGACAAAAUGGUUGAUGUCGGAGAGCUCAAAGUCGUCGCACGGGCGCUCGCGCGAAGUCUCCUAUUCGGCCAAAGUGACGUAUUUGGAGGAGGAGCAAAUGGUGUGGAGGCCUUCAGAAGGCCACGCCAAGUCAUCGGUGUUUCCCGGAAUCCACGUGUACCCGUUCAAAUUCGCGAUUCCCGUCGGUGUGCCGCCGAGUUUCGAGGGCGAUCACGGCAACAUCAGGUACCACGUGAAGGCGACGGUCGAACGGCCGUGGAAGACGAAUCGAUCGGUGACGCGAUAUUUGACGGUUCUGCCGAAGAAGGACCUGAAUGUGGUGCCGACGGCUGGGGAGGAGACGAGCAGUUGGAAGGCCAAAAACGUCGGAUUCUUUCUGUUUCGAUAUGGAAAAGUCAACUUGCAGGUGAGGCUGAGAGUUCAAUAUUCCGUAAAAUCUUAAAAUCCUCCUAUUCAACGCUUUUUCAGAUUCGAAUUCCGAAAAAAGGAUACGUGCCGGGAGAGACUAUUGUUGUGGAAACCGACAUUGAGAACGCAUCGUCUCGACCGAUUUUGAAGGUGAGCAGUAACGGAUAUUGUCGGUUUUCGAGUAGUGCUAUGGCUCUGAAAAUUGUUGAGCUUCAUUUUGACACCUAGUACUGUGUUUUUGUAGUUGACAACAUUUCUGUACCACCACCGCCUGGAGUACUGUAGCGCUUGGAAGUUGGGAUACAGAAGGUGGAAGUUCUAAGCGCUACAGUAGCCUUGUGCGUGGGCGUAACAAAAAGUGAUCAACUAGAAAAGUGACGUACUAGAUAUCAAGAUUAUCCAAAAACUUUUUCAGACCCAUAGUACAUCUGUGAACGCUAAAAAAGUCGAAAUUCCAGGCCGAAUUCUACCUCGUGCAGCAGUGUCGUUUCCUGGCCUACCGCUACGGAAUCUCCGGUCCCAGUGGCUCAUCGGACGACUCGAGUACCUCUUCCGCCCACACACACCCCGUUAAAAACGACCGUUAUCUCUCGCGAAAACGCGACGAGACGAAAAUCGCCGCGGUGAUCCAGGAGGUUCACAUCGAGCCGCGUUCCGAGCAGAAAUCGCGGAUGCGGCUCAAGAUUCCGUGCUCGUGUCCCACUUUCGACAGUACUCUCAUCCACGUGGACUAUUUUGUGGUCGUCAAACUGCACGUCAAGUGCAGAAUUCGAAAUUCUGUAAAGGCCGAGUGUCCGAUCAUUAUCGGAUCGACACCGCUCAAAGACGAUAGUAUCGGUACGUUUUUCGAUAGAUUUUUCGAUAGAUUUAUCGAUAGUUUUUUUGAUAGAUUUUUUGAUAGAUUUUUUGAUAGAUUUUUUGAUAGAUUUUUUGAUAGAUUUUUUUGAUAGAUUUUUCGAUAGACUUUUUUGAUAGAUUUUUCGAUAGAUUUUUCGAUAGAUUUUUCGAUAGAUUUUUCGAUAGAUUCAUCGAUAAAACUAUCCAAAUUCAGACCCUCGCACCCCGACCUACGCAGAAGUGACCACUUUUUCGGCGCUAACCCAUCGAAGUAUGAUGUCGGUGGAUGAGGUCGGAAAUUGUCUCUCUCAUUUGCAUUAUCAUUUUUCUAGAAACUCACUCCCAAAUACGUUUUCUACCCGAAAUACGGAAAAUCGCGAGAAGAUGAGGCCGACGAACCGCCGAGUUUGACCGAUUUGCAACUGCCGCCCAUCGAUUCGCUCUCCGAUGACGAUGAAGAUUGA